CAUACACACUCUGAUUGCUCUCUUUCCCUUGAGCUUUAAGUAGAUUAAUGGAUUAGAAAACUGCGAUGUGCAUAUUCAUCUUUAGUCACAUCUUAAACUGUAGAUAUGGUGAAGAGAUGGGUUGCAGAUGCAAAGACGAUUCUGCAGACUAUGUUUGGGUUUUGGACCCAGUCGACGGAACUAAGACCUUUAUCACAGCUCCACUCACUCUUUCUUCUUCUUUUUUUUCUCAUUUUUAUCAAGUCUUUAAACAUUUGAUUCUUGUCAUCAAUUGCUUCGUCUCAGUGAAACCUGUGUUUGGUACGUUGAUAGCUCUGCUGUACAAAGGUAAACCGAUUCUAGGUCUAAUUGAUCAGCCUAUUCUAAAAGAGAGAUGGAUAGGAAUGAGUGGAAGAAGAACUAAAUUAAAUGGGGAGGAUAUCUCAACCCGAUCUUGCCCCAAACUAUCACAAGCAUAUUUAUACACCACUUGCCCGCAUCUUUUCAGUGAAGAGGCAGAAAAGGCAUUUGCUCGAGUUAGAGACAAGGUAAAGAUGCCAUUAUAUGGCUGUGAUUGCUAUGCUUACGCUCUCCUGGCUUCUGGAUUUGUCGAUCUUGUUAUUGAAUCCGGUCUAAAGCCAUAUGAUUUUCUAGCUCUGGUUCCUGUAAUAGAAGGCGCUGGAGGUACUAUAACCGAUUGGAACGGUAACCCACUUCUGUGGGAAGCUUCAUCCAGUGCAGUUGCUACAAGCUUUAAUGUAGCUGCAGCAGUAGAUGCAGAUAUUUAUCAGCAAGCAUUGGAGUCACUUGAGUGGCAGUGAAAAGGUUUCACUGGAGAGGAUUGUCAAGGUUCUACUCGGGGAAAGCAAGAUCAUAUGCUUGUAUCUCAGAUGUUAAAUGCCUUGAAGAUCUCAAGAAAACAACCCAUCCUCUUGAGGAUGAUGAUGAUGACGAAGAAGAUGUGUACAAGAAGAGGAAGAAGAAGAAUAAGCAAUCAUCUUCAUCUUCAUUUUCUGCGGCUGUUAACAGCAAUGUUAAUUACCAAAACUACCCGUGUCGUAGAGUCUCUAGUAGCACCCAUUGUUCCUCCCCUUGUGUUGGUGCUUAGAUUUUUUUUUUAAUCAGUUUCUUAAUUUACCACACCUUCAUCAAUCUCCCUUUUGGCUUUUUUUCCCUACAUAAUACUCAAAACACAGGCUUUUGUUAUAUUAACAACUUAGUAUUUUCCUAAUGUAUUUGUGGUUAACUUAUUCUUUGCACUAUUUUGUAGACUUGUUCCAUUUUCGUGUAGUGUUUGUCUAGGCCAGAGUGUUGGUAUCCCUUAGACUUGUAAAAUAAAUUGCAGAUAA